AUGCGCGUCUUCUCAGAGCGCAUCAAGCCACUCAGCAGUCUGAUGAUGGAUGGCCUCACAAGCUGGCGUGACCUUUACCAAGCAGAUACGCAGUUGGUGGGCCAUCCAGGCAAGGUUGCUCUGGCCAAGCACCUCAGCCAGGAGAUGCUACAGCUGCCAGGAGUAGCCGGUCCGGACCGACUUGGAGUGGUCCAGUUGCUCCAGUUGUUCGAUGGCCCUACCCGUCUCUUGUGCAAGAUGGGCAAAUCGUGCUGGAAUCUUCGCCUCGAAGAUCGAUCACUGCCACUGUCCACCAUCUUGCCGAUGUACUCCAAUGCGGUUCCGUCUUUCACUGCGGGAAAGCAUCAGUGGCGGUUGCAGGCAAUCCUGCUGUCGCAAAACGACACGACUGGCUGGCUGGCGGAGCAAGCCUGCCAUGGACUUAUGUUUCGCUACAAUCGAGAGCUCUUGCUUUGCGACACAAGCUUAUGGAAGCGAUCAAGGGAUGGUGUUGGCUGGAAAAGCCAAUUGUGGGAGGUUUAUCAGCCUUCCACAAAAAGCAAGCUCAUCGAAGUCAUGAAGCAUGUGGCAGACUGGAACUAUGAAACUUUGCUGCAGCAGAAGCAAAGUUUGGUUUCUUGGUUUCUUCCACGAGCCAAAGAGUUCUACAGUGGUUGGGCACCUGUGGAUUUGGCAGACCCUGUGCUUCUGCAGCCCUCAAAGCAAGACGCUGUGUGGGAACAGUACGCCUUCGACCGAUGCAAUGACAAUGACGACUGGCUCCGCCGUUGCCACCAACUCUGCCUUGCAGCAGGCGAACGCCAGCAGAACCCAGCCUGGUUUCGCGUCAGUCGCGGCAAGCCCCUAUGGCUUACGAGCAGGAACAUGAGAGCCAACUACGAAGGCUCCGCCAUGUGGCCAAUGCUCUUUGUCCGCUUCGAUGCGAUCCCGGCCGAGUUGCUGCACCAGGUGCGCAAGAAACUGCUGGCACCGACAGAGGCUGCGCCUUAG